AUGGAAUUAUUAUCGAUUACUGUUCUUGCUUUGUUUCUUGCAUUGAUUUGCAAAUCAAUCCUAUCCUUUCUGAUUCGAUAUGUUCAACUUCGAAAAGAUUAUCAAGAGAUUUCAUUUCUUCCACUUUCAUCGAUUCCAUUCAUGGGAAAUCUCCGUCAAAUUGAUUCACGCUCCGAUGUUUUCUUUCAGUUACUUCUUCGAAUGUCAAAGGAAUGUCAGAGAAAAGACAAAGGAAUAUUUUGUCUUUGGUAUGCAUUAUGGCCCGUAACUUUCAUUUGUUCAGCCAAAGGAUUAGAAACUUUUAUCAAUAAUAGUAAACAACUUGUCAAAUCAUUUGAUUACAAACUAUUUGAAUCUUGGCUUCAAACUGGUUUGAUUACAAGUAACAAUGAUAAAUGGCGUAGUCGUCGUCGUCUCAUCACUCCGUCAUUUCAUAAUACUGAACUAUUACAAAGUUUUAUGCAUAUUUUCAAUGAACAAGCGAUUAUUCUUGUUCAACAUUUCGAUCAAUUUGCUCAACAAUCAGAUAAAACACAUAAUCUCUACCCGUAUAUAUCUGCAUGUACAUUAGAUAUUAUUGCUGAAACAGCAACAGGUAUUCAGUUGAAAGCACAAUUGGAAAAUGAGAACCAUGCAUUUGUUCAAGCAACGAUACGAAUAGGUGAAAUUAUCCAUAUUCGUUCACGAUCUCCAUGGCUAUGGCCUACGUUUAUCUUCGAUCGACUACCAAUCGGGCGUGAACAUAAUAAGCAAGUGCAAAUUUUACAUGAUUUUUCUCGAAAAUUUAUUGAAGAGCGUCUCGCGACAUUUAAUAUAGAUGAAACGAGUUCAAAGCGUCGUUUAGUAUUUCUCGACAGUCUUCUUACUCAACUACAUACAAAAACACUUUCAUUAAAUGAUAUUCAAGAAGAGGUUGACACGUUUAUGUUCGCUGGUCAUGAUACAACAGCAGCAGCAAUUAAUUAUUUUUGUUAUCUAAUGGGAUACUAUCCAGAUAUUCAAACUAAAGUCCAAGCUGAAUUAGACACAAUUUUUGCCGAUGAUCGAGAGAGACCAUGUACGAUGGAAGAUAUUCAACAAAUGACCUAUCUUGAUUGUGUGAUAAAAGAAUCGAUGAGAAUUCUUUCACCAGUUCCUGGAAUUGCUCGAGAAGUACAAGUAGAUUUUACCUAUCGUAAUCAAAUAGUACGAAAAGGCACAACUGUAUACAUUUAUAUAUAUGGUAUUCAUCAUGAUGAAGAUGUUUUUACUAAUCCAGAUAAAUUUGAUCCGGAACGAUUUGCUGAUACUUCACUGAUGAAAAACGAACAUUCACCUUUUGCUUUUAUUCCAUUUUCAGCUGGAUCACGAAAUUGUAUUGGUCAACGGUUUGCUGGCUUGGAAGAAAGGGUGGUGCUAUCAACAAUAUUUCGUCGAUUUUCUUUUCGUUCUACUCAAACUAUCGAUCAGCUACAUCUUUCUAUGGACGCAAUUCUACGACCUCAUGUUCCUAUUCAAAUAUUUAUUGAACGACGUUUGUAA